AUGAACGCGCAGCUGACCAUGGAGGCGAUCGGGGAGCUGCACGGGGUGAGCCAUGAGCCGGUGCCUGCCCCUGCCGACUUGCUGGGCGGUAGCCCCCACGCGCGAAGCUCCGUGGCGCACCGCGGCAGCCACCUGCCCCCCGCGCACCCGCGCUCGAUGGGCAUGGCGUCCUUGCUGGACGGCGGCAGCGGCAGCGGCGAUUACCACCACCACCACCGGGCCCCCGAGCACAGCCUGGCCGGCCCCCUGCACCCCACCAUGACCAUGGCCUGCGAGACUCCCCCAGGUAUGAGCAUGCCCACCACCUACACCACCUUAACCCCUCUGCAGCCGCUGCCGCCCAUUUCCACCGUCUCGGACAAGUUCCCCCACCAUCACCACCACCACCACCACCACCACCACCCGCACCACCACCAGCGCCUGGCAGGCAACGUGAGCGGUAGCUUCACGCUCAUGCGGGACGAGCGCGGGCUGGCCUCCAUGAAUAACCUCUAUACCCCCUAUCACAAGGACGUGGCCGGCAUGGGCCAGAGCCUCUCUCCCCUCUCCGGCUCCGGUCUGGGCGGCAUCCACAACUCCCAGCAAGGGCUCCCCCACUAUGCCCACCCGGGCGCCGCCAUGCCCACCGACAAGAUGCUCACCCCCAAUGGCUUCGAAGCCCACCACCCGGCCAUGCUCGGCCGUCACGGGGAGCAGCACCUCACGCCCACCUCGGCCGGCAUGGUUCCCAUCAACGGCCUUCCUCCACACCACCCACACGCCCACCUGAACGCCCAGGGCCACGGGCAACUCCUGGGCACGGCCCGGGAGCCCAACCCUUCGGUAACCGGUGCGCAGGUCAGCAAUGGAAGUAAUUCAGGGCAGAUGGAAGAGAUCAAUACCAAAGAGGUGGCGCAGCGUAUCACCACCGAGCUUAAGCGCUACAGCAUACCACAGGCCAUCUUCGCGCAGAGGGUGCUCUGUCGCUCCCAAGGGACCCUCUCGGACCUGCUGCGCAACCCCAAACCCUGGAGCAAACUCAAAUCCGGCCGGGAGACCUUCCGGAGGAUGUGGAAGUGGCUGCAGGAGCCGGAGUUCCAGCGCAUGUCGGCGCUCCGCUUAGCAGCAUGCAAAAGGAAAGAGCAAGAACACGGGAAAGAUAGAGGCAACACACCCAAAAAGCCCAGGUUGGUCUUCACAGAUGUCCAGCGUCGAACUCUACACGCAAUAUUCAAGGAAAAUAAGCGUCCAUCCAAAGAAUUGCAAAUCACCAUUUCCCAGCAGCUGGGGUUGGAGCUCAGCACCGUCAGCAACUUCUUCAUGAACGCGAGGAGGAGGAGUCUGGACAAGUGGCAGGACGAGGGCAGCUCCAAUUCGGGCAACUCAUCUUCUUCAUCAAGCACUUGUACCAAAGCAUGA